UGUUUAAUCUCUUUUAUAUACGUUCCCUCUCUUCUCUCCUUCACUCUUAGACUCAAAUCUGUGUACAUGUAAGAGCUAGAGAUCACGCCAAGAAAAUACAUUUCUUCAUUCACCAAAAAAACAUGGUGGCCAAUGCCUCACUCGCCGCCGCAUUAAUCGUCGGCUUUGCGCUUCUCUUCGCCGUCACGGCGGAAAGUCCGUACAGGUUCUUCGAAUGGAACGUCACUUACGGUGAUAUCUACCCACUCGGUGUUCGCCAGCAGGGUAUUCUGAUCAACGGGCAGUUUCCGGGACCGGACAUUCACUCCGUUACUAAUGACAAUCUCAUCAUUAACGUCUACAAUAGCCUCGACGAACCUUUCCUCCUUUCAUGGAAUGGAGUUCAACAGAGGAGGAACUCGUACGUGGAUGGAGUGUACGGCACGACUUGCCCUAUCCCGCCGGGACAGAACUACACUUACAUUCUUCAAGUGAAGGAUCAGAUCGGAAGUUUCUACUACUUCCCUUCUCUCGCUUUCCACAAAGCCGCCGGUGGUUUUGGUGGCCUCCGCAUCCUCAGCCGUCCUGGUAUCCCAGUCCCUUUCGCUGACCCUGCCGGAGAUUACACAGUUCUCAUCGGAGACUGGUACAAAUCUAACCACACGGAUUUGAAGGCACAGCUUGAUAGUGGUAGGAAGCUUCCUUUACCAGAUGGUAUCCUCAUCAACGGCCGUGGAAGUGGUGCCACUCUCAAUGUUGAACAAGGCAAGACAUACAGGUUGAGAAUAUCCAAUAUAGGGCUACAACACUCUCUCAACUUCCGCAUUCAGAACCACAAGAUGAAAGUGGUUGAAGUGGAAGGGACUCACACUCUUCAGACUACUUUCUCUUCUCUCGAUGUUCACGUUGGUCAGUCUUACUCGGUUCUUGUGACCGCCGACCAGCCUGCACAGGAUUAUUACGUGGUGGUCUCUUCUAGGUUUACCUCGGAUGUCUUGACCACCACUGGUGUUCUCCGUUACAGUGGUUCUGCUGGUGGUGUGUCUGGACCUAUUCCUGGUGGACCAACCGUACAAAUAGACUGGUCUUUGAACCAGGCUCGAGCCAUCAGAACUAACCUUACGGCGAGUGGACCAAGGCCAAACCCACAAGGAUCAUACCACUACGGUAUGAUAAACACCACAAGAACUAUCAGACUCGCUAGCUCUGCUGGUCAAGUCAAUGGGAAGCAACGAUACGCUGUGAACAGUGUAUCGUUUAAUCCGGCAGACACUCCUCUGAAACUCGCGGACUACUUCAAGAUCGACGGUGUUUACAGAGUUGGAAGCAUACAGAGCCAACCCACUGGUGGAGGAAUCUACCUCGACACGUCUGUUAUGCAGACCGAUUACAGAACCUUUAUUGAGAUUGUGUUCGAAAACUCUGAGGAUAUUGUCCAGAGUUGGCAUCUUGACGGUUACUCUUUCUGGGUUGUUGGGAUGGACGGUGGGCAAUGGACUCCUGAUAGUAGGAACGAGUACAAUCUACGUGAUGCAGUAGCUCGCUGCACCGUUCAGGUGUAUCCGAGUUCAUGGACGGCUAUAUACAUUGCACUGGACAACGUAGGGAUGUGGAACUUAAGGUCAGAGUUCUGGGCAAGGCAGUACUUAGGACAACAGUUCUAUUUACGCGUCUACACAACUUCCACUUCUCUUAGGGAUGAGUACCCAAUCCCCAAGAACGCUCUUCUUUGCGGUAGAGCUAGUGGUCGUAGCACCAGACCGCUUUGAAUUGUGGAGAGAUAAGAGAGAUGGUCAACCAAACCAGCUGAUUCGUUCUCGAUGAGUGUUUUCUUGUUUUAUUCAUUCUUCAUUUUGCUAAUGAAUGGAAGAGUUGUUGUCAAAUCAUUAUGUCAGUUUGUAACGAUCUCAGCUCGAGGUCUCAAUUCUUAUUCUUUCUUUUUUAUAUAAAAAAUAACUUUGGAGGGAAA